GUCGUGCUGCAUUCAUUUCCAAUCUUGUAGCUGUUGUGGUUCUUUGCAAAUGGUAAAGACAAGACAAGGCAAAAAAAAAAAAAACACACAUAUUUCUCUGUAUAUGUUAACGUACAUAGUCGAGGUCUCUUGUUGUUUGGUUGUUAAACGGGAAAAAGAAACUUAAGUUCCACUUUGAACCACUUUGUGGCCAAAGCAAGUCGCAGUUUAAGAAAAGUGCUCGUCCGAAUAGCACUUAAAUCGGAGAUUGGCGCCGUGUCAUAUGAUUUUUUGUUUUUUCUAUGUAAAAAUUUGAUAUUUUUUUUUCCAUUUUCAAUUUAAUUGUUAAAAUACAAAAAAAAAGAAAGAAAAAAAUUAUAAAAAAAAAUUAUUUUCAUUUACAAAAAAAAUAAUAUAAUUGAUCGUCGUUUUAUCUCGAUUUUUUCCUGUUGUUUGGAUUAUUUUCGAAAAAAGAAGAAAUUUUUUUGGAUAUAUAUAACAAAACAUAAUCAUUUCCCCAAAUAUAUUGAGUUCUUUUACAGUAAAAUAAGAAAAAAAAAUUGUGUCAAAUGAAGUGAAAAGGAAAAAUUAAUUAAAUUAUUAAAACAAAAUUAAUUUUAAUUUUUCUUAUAAAUUAUAUUUUGUUUAAAUUAAAAAAAAAAAUAAACCUGUGAAUAGAAGUGACAUAGUUUGAGAAUUUUUUUUUUUUCGAGAACUAAAAAAAUUAACUUUUUUAACUUCUCUGAAGUUUCAAAAGGAGGACUUUCGAUUGAAAAAAGGACUUCAAAAUGGGACAACUCCAUGGAAUACUCUUCUGGGUGUUUGGAUUAAUUUUAAUUAUUAAUUCAGAACUCACCCUUGCCCAACACAAACGUUCCUCGUCACGCAUCACAAGUUCCCGAUCAUUUGGCACAAACAUUAAAGGCUCAUCAUCAUCCUCCUCAUCAUCCUCAGCGACGGGUGUAAAUUUUGAUUGUCCCGAAGAAUUUGGUUAUUAUCCGCAUCCAAACGAUUGCACACAAUAUUAUGUUUGUGUAUUCGGUGGUGCAUUAUUAGAAAGUUGUACUGGUGGCUUAAUGUAUAGUCAUGAAUUACAAACAUGUGAUUGGCCAAGAAAUGUUGGUUGUGAUAUAAUUGAUGGUGGUGGUGCAAGUUUAUCAGUUCCAUCAUCUGGUGGUGGAGGAGGAUCAUCAUCAUAUCGUGAUGUUACACCAAGAGUACCACAAAUCAAACAACAACCACAGCAAUCAUAUCAACAACAGCAACAACAACAACAAAUUAAUCAUCGUGAUCGUUUCGGACCAACAUAUUCCAGUUCAACACCAUCAAUUCAAUCUAAACCAACUAUUGUCCAACAAUAUCAACCUCGCCAACAACAGCAACAACAACAUCAACGUGUUAUUCAAGCUCAAGUUCAAACAUUACCACCACCUCCAGAAUUACGAGUUGCACCUAAUCCAGUGAUAACAUCCCGUGGACAACCUAAGCCAUUACUUGAUUCUCAUGAAGAUAUUGCCAAGCUUUACGCCGAUGCUCAUGACACUUUACCACCUGUCGAAGAAGAGGAAAGUGAUCGUCAACAACGUGUCUAUCGUGGCCAACCUAGCACCGUUGGACAGGUGCAACGUGAUCGUGAUGGCAUCAUCCAUCAAGCCAGCAUCAAUGCCAUUCCAAAUCAUGGUAAAAUUGGUUCGUUCGCUUAUGGCGCACAAAUCAAUCAAUAUCGAGUUGAGUCAAGCUCACAAGCACCACCACCGCAACAAUCGGGGAAUAUUUUCAUUUCUCAACAACGACCAAAAAUCGUUGAAAAUAAUAAUAAUAAUCAAAAUGGCAAUCGAAAUUAUUAUAAUACGUCAUAUGAGACACAACAACAACAACAAAAUUAUGAUCCAUAUUAUUCGGUUUAUGAUGAUGAAAUUGAUCUGUAUAGGGAUGUUGAAUAUAGUAAUCAACAACAACAACAGCAGCAGCAACAACAACAGAUUCAUCAACAACAACAACAACAACCACAACAUCAAUUGCGCGGUAAGAUUCAACAGCAACAAGUGCAGCAGCAGCAACAACAACAACAACAAUCUGAACCAUUGAGGCCAACCUAUCGUCCUGAAAUCAUAACCUCACCACAACCAGUCCGUGAUACUUACAUCAGUAAACCACUUCAGAAGCCAUUGCAACAGGAGAGUAAGCCAUUUGGUAACCAACAAUCGUUGAUCUACAAUUCGGAUUAUGAUGAGGACUUAAUUGCACAGAUCGAACAAGAUAAUGAGUAUGACCAACCCACAAGAUCUCCAAUAAGAUCCAACAGAUUAUCGGAUGAUGGUAUCACGACCACCACCACCACUACCACUACCAAUAAGGCGACUCCCAAAUCUGUAAUAUUGACCUUCACCUCGAAUGUGGGUCUUACUAAUCAAUCCAAUAAUAAUAAUAAACACAAAACCAUAACCGAUUCAAUCCUUAAUCAAUCCCCAUCUGAAACUACCCCAAGUGUACAAAUUGUUAAUCAAAAUCAAUCAAAACGUGAAAGUUCUGAAGAAAAAUCAGAAGCUAGUGUUGAAAUUCAAAAAAAUUAUACACCAAAAUCUAGAUUUGAAGUAGUAAGUGAUGAGCCAAAAAAAUUGCAACAAAAAGAAGAAGUCAUCGAAAAAGUUGAAGAAAUAGAAGAAGAAGAUGAUAAUCAAGCUGUAACUGAAUAUCAAAGAAAGAAAAUUCAAAGCUAUAUUAUAUCUGACGUAGAACCUCAAAGCUUUAAACCACCUGUUGAAAAAACUACAAAAAUUAGUUCGACGACAGAGGCUACAACUAUACACAUUCCCUUGGAUAGUUCAAAGAGCCAAAGAACCUACCGAUUCAGUCUAUCUCAAGGCUAUAGAGGAUUCAGCUUAAAAGGUGAAGAGUCCAGUACUUCAACUACCACGACGGAAUCUGAAGAAAAAAGUGGAGUUCCAAUUUAUCUUCGAUCAAGAUCAAGAUACGAAAAAAAAGAGACAAAUCUAGAUGAACAAAAACAGGGUUACGAACCAACAACUUAUACACCAAUUCGAUCUUGGCGAUUCACUCGAACAAGUCCUGUUCCGUUUGGCAAACACGAUACGAAUGCUUUGAAUGCCGAAGAUUCAAAUGCAAGUCAAGAAUUCGAUGCUACUAAUGCCAAAGAAAAUUACAAUGAAGAUUUCGUUUCAUCUUCUGGAAGUGAACACACUCUUGUUACACAACGGUCCACUACUGAGCCACUUCAAAGCUUUACUGCUAGGGCUUCCCUCUUUAAGGACAAUCUAAGUCGAACUUAUGAAACUACAGGACCCACAAAGUUUGUAUCCCCUUAUAAGAGUCUUGAAACAAUUCUCCAAGAAAAAGAAGAAUCAUUGAGAUUCAACUCGAUACGAAGCUCUGCAGCUCCUAGAAUACAAAGCUCUACUCAAGCCUACGAGUCUACAACCCAAAAGCCAUUUAGAAGCUAUUUUCUUAUAACAUCUCCUCCGAGAGUUUUGUAUAAUACAACGACUUCAACAACAGCUCGAACAACUCCAACGAUAACUUGGAAAUUCAAUCAGUCAACUUCAAUAGUUUGGCCAUCUUCAACACUUCCAACAACAACUAGUACCUCUUCGACAACUACCACAACGACUACAACCACCACAACAACUCCAAAACCGACAACAGCCUCGACAACUACUACCACUACAACCACGACAACUCCAAAGCCAACUACAACUUCAACCACAACGACUUCAACUACAACCACUACAUCUCCUGAGCCCGAAACUCUUCCUCCAAGUACAGUUGCUACAACAACUACAAUACGACUACCUUCAACAGCCUAUCGUUCGAAAGUUCGUCAAGAAAUUUCCAACUUUAACCCAGAAGCUCGUUCAAGAGGUCGCUCCAGAUAUACAGCAUCAUUUUCGAACGCCUUAGAUGAUGAACCAACAACUUAUUCUCCAAAAUACCGUUUCGUUGCCACUCAUUUCGACAGUACAACUUACAGUCCUGAGACUCCAUCUUAUAGACGUCGAACAAGACCAACUCCAGCCAGACAGCCUAAAUCGACCACAGAAAGGGAAUACUUCCUCAAAGCUAGAAAACAAUUUGUAGAUUUCGAAAAUGAGUCGUAUGAUCGACCAAGAUCUGAAGCUUUGAUUGGUCUGUCAGUUAACAAGAAUGAAAAUACUUACACCGAUAAGCCUCCAAGAUAUACGACAUCCAAACCAACCACAACAUCGGAAAAGGUUGUAGAAAUCACCGAUAGAUCUGUUCAAUACUAUUCUAAAUAUCGUACCACGGGUGCACCAGAAAGAACUCUAGCUGAGUCGAUAAGAAAUGCUGGCUACUUGACAAAUAGCAGAGGAAAAUACAGAGAUUUAGGUUUUGAAGAUGAAAUAAAUGCAAACGUUGAAGAGUUGGAUGAAUUGAGUACAACAACACCGCCAUCAACUGCACCAACCACUUCAACAAUUCCAAUGCCUACCACAACUCCUUUGCCACCUCGUACAACAACCACUACUACAACAACUGUAUCCACAACCACUCCAUCCACAACAACACCAUCCACAACCACUUUAUCCACAACAACUCCAUCCACAACCACUCUAUCCACAACCACUCCAUCCACAACAAUUCCAUCCACUACAUCCACAAUUCCAAUACCAUCCACAACAUCCACACCAUCCACCACAACACUCCAAUCCACAUCCUCAACAUUAAAAAGCGUUAUCCCACCUCGAGCAUCUCGGGUGAAUUCAGCCAUCAAGUCAUCGAUUGCUGCCGCCUCAAAUCGGAAUAAGGCUCUAUCGACAACGUCGGCGUUUGCCAAAUGUGCUGACAGUACGCCAAACGCAAAGUGCAACGAAAUUCCUUCGAGAACAAAUAAUAGAGUUCGUGGUGGUUCACAUUCAAAUGGUGCUGAACGCGAACAACAACCAGCUACUGUUACCAACCAUCGAGGAACACAUCCACCUCGUACUCGUCCAACCUUGAAACCAUCCGGAACAAUUGUCUCGAAGGCACAAGAAUUCGUUGAUAUUUACAGGAAUCCUCCAUCACGUCCAGAGCCAUUAUAUCCACAACCAACUCCAGAUAAGACAGCUGCCAAGUGCCGCAAGGAUGUAUGCUUACUACCAGAUUGUUAUUGUGGUGGAAAGGAAAUUCCAGCUGAUUUACCUGUUGAAAGCAUUCCACAAAUUGUCCUUUUGACCUUCGAUGAUUCUGUUAACGAUUUGAAUAAGCAACUUUACACCGAUCUCUUUGAAAAGGGUCGUGUAAAUCCAAAUGGCUGUCCAAUAUCUGCCACAUUCUAUGUAUCACACGAAUGGACGGAUUACAGUCAAGUUCAGAAUUUAUAUUCCGAUGGUCAUGAAAUUGCUUCACAUACUGUAUCACAUAGUUUUGGCGAACAAUUCUCGCAAAAGAAAUGGACCCGUGAAGUUGCUGGACAACGUGAAAUCCUCGCUGCCUAUGGUGGUGUUAAAUUAUCUGAUGUUCGAGGAAUGAGAGCACCUUUCUUAUCAGUUGGUGGCAAUAAAAUGUUCAAAAUGUUAUACGACUCUAAUUUCACAUACGACUCAUCGAUGCCUGUCUAUGAGAAUCGUCCACCAAGUUGGCCCUACACUCUGGACUAUAAGAUCUUCCACGAUUGUAUGAUCCCACCUUGUCCGACAAAGAGCUAUCCUGGUGUGUGGCAAGUGCCAAUGGUGAUGUGGCAAGAUUUGAAUGGUGGCCGUUGUUCAAUGGGUGAUGCAUGUUCGAAUCCUGGAGAAUCUGAUGGUGUUUAUAAGAUGAUAAUGAAGAAUUUCGAAAGACAUUAUACAACAAACAGAGCUCCAUUUGGUUUGUUCUACCAUGCAGCUUGGUUCACACAGCCACAUCAUAAAGAAGGAUUCAUCAAAUUCUUAGAUGCAAUCAAUUCAAUGCCAGAUGUUUGGAUUUUGACAAACUGGCAAGCGCUACAAUGGGUCCGUGAUCCAACACCAAUUUCUCGAUUAAACAAUUUCCAGCCAUUCCAAUGUGAUUUUUCGGAUCGACCAAAACGUUGUAACAACCCGAAAGUAUGCAAUCUGUGGCAUAAAUCCGGUGUCCGAUACAUGCGAACAUGUCAGCCAUGUCCUGACAUUUAUCCAUGGACAGGAAAAACUGGUAUACGAUCGUCUCGAGUUGAUAAUGACAUUGAAGAAUCAUAAGUAUUUAAUUUAAUUAAAAAACAUAAAAAAAAUCCAUAAAAAACAACAACCGAAUUUAAUUAAAAAACAAACAAAAAUUAAACUAAUGAAAUUGGCUCCAAUGUAAAUUUAUAAAUACUUCAAGGACUUGAAAAAAAAACACAUAACAUGAAAUACGUUCACUCGCUGAUGAUAUAAAAAUGAAAUCUGUUUUUUAUAAUUUUUGUUAUUCGAUAAAACAAAAAAAUCAAAAAUAAUACAAAAUAAUAUUUAUUAUUUUUUUAUUUUAUUUAAAUUAAAAAAAAAAAA